CAUGUCAGCAGCGUCAUUGCUGUUGCCUUCACAUAAUCAGGCAGAAAAGAGAAGCGCAGAUCUGAUGGCUUUGAAAAGAAUCCAGAAGGAGCUACAGGACUUGCAACGGGAUCCACCCUCGCAAUGCUCAGCUGGACCACUUGGAGAAGACUUGUUUCACUGGCAGGCAACAAUAAUGGGUCCAGGUGAUAGUCCAUAUCAAGGAGGGGUUUUCUUCCUCACAAUACAUUUCCCAACAGAUUAUCCCUUCAAACCACCAAAGGUUGCCUUCACAACAAAAAUCUACCACCCAAAUAUUAACAGUAAUGGAAGCAUCUGUCUGGAUAUUCUCAGAUCCCAGUGGUCACCUGCCCUCACUGUAUCCAAAGUUUUAUUGUCCAUAUGCUCACUUCUUUGUGACCCAAAUCCAGAUGACCCCUUAGUUCCAGAUAUCGCACACAUCUACAAAUCAGACAAAGAUAAGUAUAACAGAAUGGCAAGAGAAUGGACUCAGAAGUAUGCAAUGUAACUGGAUGGCAAGAUUUUGAAAUUGUUGCACAUGGACAAUAUUACUGCACACAACUCUUUGACACCUGAAAAGAGACUGAAGAAGUUUACCAACAGAAGAACCUCUUGCACGCACACACACACGAAUACACUUAUAUACAAUUUAAGAUCUUUGUUCGGGAGGCCAAGUUUUCCUGUUCACGGUGGCGUCCUGGAAAAAGCUACCUGUCAGUUAACCCAUAACAAAACGUUAUUUUAUUUUCCGAUGGAUUAGUUACUUUUUAGUAAAUUUUAUUGUAUAGAAAUAAUAAACAUUACUUAAUCCUUUUUAUUGUUUUUGCAUUAAAAGAUGCUAUGAAAAUGUUUUGCAUGUUUAUUUUAAUGGGGUUGUUAGCAAAUUCUCUUGUGUGUUUAUGAGAUUGAGAGGUUCGUGAGAGUUUGUACAUUUGUAGUCUUGGAAUUGGUUUUCAUUCUUGGUGAACUCAUAUUGCACACGCAUUACUGUUAAAAUCUAUAAAAACACAUGUGGGCCUGGUUCCACAGACAAGGCUUAGUUUAAACCAUGCUUUGUAAAACUAGGAGAUUAAAGUCCCUUUUAUAA